UAGAAGCAUUAGCUCCUUGGUUUCCGGUGCGAUUUUGUGUUUGUUUCUCCGGUACCGGGGCCAACAUGUCUGGGGGACCGGCGGUGCAGAUUAGUAUUGAGUCUACCUGCGAGAAGCAGAUACAGGAGGUGGGUCUAGAUGGCUCAGAAACUUAUGUUCAGCCGCUGUCUAUGUCCCAGAAUCUUGCCCGCCUGGCUCAGCGUAUUGAUUUCAGCCAGGACUCAGGGGAAGAGGAUGAGGGUGCAGCGGGAGACCGGGAGCAGGAGUGGAACGAGCAGGAGGAAGACGAGGGUCUUGUCAAAUUCCAACCUUCUCUCUGGCCCUGGGAUUCUGUGAGGAACAAUUUAAGAAGUUCAUUUACUGAAAUGUGUGUUUUGUAUGAUGUUCUGAUGAUUGUGAAAGAAAAGAGACACAUGAUUUUAGAUCCUGUGUCACAAGAUUCACUGGGCGCCAAACAGAGUCAGCAUGGUUUGAUGUUGGUUUCGAAGAAGAAAUCUCUCGCAGCAGCGUCCCAGAUUCUCAUGAAAGGGGCAGAGAGACUAUCUAAAUCUGUGGCUGAAAACCAAGAAAAUAAACGUCAGAGAGACUUUAAUUCUGAACUGCUUCGAAUACGGCAACAUUGGAAACUAAGGAAACUGGGUGAUAAAAUCCUUGGAGAUCUGAGUUACCGCAGUGCUGGGUCUCUGUUUCCUCACCAUGGUACAUUUGAAGUCAUCAAAAACACAGACCUAGAUUUAGAUAAGAAAAUACCUGAUGAUUACUGCCCUUUGGAUGUUCAUAUUCCCAGUGACUUGGAAGGAUCAGCUUAUCUAAAGGUUUCUAUUCAAAAGCAAGCUCCAGAUAUUGGUGACCUUGGCACAGUAAAUCUUUUCAAAAGACCUUUACCAAAGGCAAAACCAGGGACACCACAUUGGCAGACAAAGUUGGAAGCUGCGCAGAAUGUACUUUUGUGUAAAGAAAUAUUUGCUCAGUUGUCGCGUGAAGCUGUUCAAAUCAAAUCCCAGAUACCACAAAUUGUUGUCAAGAACCAAAUAAUCUGCCAGCCAUUCCCUGGGUUACAGUUGUCUAUUUCCUUCUGUCACUCGUCAAAUGACAAAAAAUCUCUUAAGGCGUCUUCUGAAAAACCAAGUGCAGAAGAUCAUCUUUAUGUUCUGGAACACAACUUGCACCAGCUGAUUAGAGAGUUCCAUAAGCAGACAUUAAGAGACAUAGUGAUGCCACAUCCUGCAAGUGCUCCUUUUGGACACAAGAGAAUGCGGCUUGCAGGGCCACAGGCCUUUGAUAAGAAUGACAUUACCACCAUGCAGCAGAAUGAAGGACUUCUGGAAAAGAUCAUCAAGCAGGCAAAACACAUAUUUCUCAGGCGCAGAACGGCUCGCACCAUUGACAGCCUUGCCAGUCGAAUCGAAGAUCCUCUGAUCCAAGCCCAUUGGUCAAGCAUCAAUGAUGUUUAUGAAUCGAGUGUUAAAGUAUUAAUAACGUCACAAGGUUAUGAGCAGAUAUGCAAAUCUAUUCAGUUGCAGCUGAAUAUUGGAGUAGAUCAGAUAAGGGUAGUACACAGAGAUGGGCGAGUUAUUACGUUGUCUCACCAAGAGCAGGAAUUGCAGGACUUCCUUCUCUCUCAGAUGUCACAGCACCAGGUUCUUGCUGUUCAGCAGUUGGCAAAAGUAAUGGGCUGGCACGUACUGAGCUUUAGUAAUCAAGUAGGACUUGGGCCAGUUGAAAGUAUAGGGAAUGGAUCCUCAAUAACUGUGGCAUCUCCAAAUGGCGAUUAUUCUGUUUCAGUACGUAAUGGUCCUGAAAGUGGAAGCAAGGUUAUGGUGCAGUUUCCCCGGUUUCAGAGCAAAGAACUUCCAAAGAGUGAUGUGCUACAGGAUAAUAAAUGGCAACACCUGCGCGGACCGUUUAAAGAAGUGCAGUGGAAUAAAAUGGAAGGACGUAACUUUGUAUAUAAAAUGGAGUUAUUAAUGGCAGCAUUGACUCCCUGCUAGCAGCUGUUGAACAAAAAGCUUGGACAUGUAAAUAUUUUUUAGGUUCCCAUAAAUCAUGCUGCAGAUUUGACAGCUUAAUUCACUGUAUUAUUUCAUUGAAUUAAAUGUUUUUCUACA